AUGGAAGAACAAGGAAAUAAUGAAGUUGAUGCUAGUGAUGACAAUGAUACAUCUCCCAUGUCAAUAAACAAGGAGGGUAGGCAAUUUGUGGCUAGUCAAAACAACGGGAAAAUAGGCUCAAGUGAUGAAGAUAGAAUUGUGACUACAUUGGAAUAUUUGUUUGAAAUAUCUGGAAAAAAUAUGCAAAUGGUAACUGAUGCUUUCUUAAAAGGUUCAGAUGAUGAAUUCUUUCAUUAA